AGCUGAAGGCAAGGUCUCCUCAUACUGUGAAGCAUGUAGGUCCACAAGGAAUCCUGGCCACAACCCUGCGCAUGUCAGACCUGACCUGUAGUCCCACUUGGCAGCCUGGUGUGUAGUUGCUUUGCUGUAAUCACCUCUCAGUCCUUGGCUGUGCACUAACCCUCCCUGGGCAGAAUCAUGGAUCGAAUAUUAAUGCUUAGUGCCCAGAGGAUCAAGGCCCAUUUGCACUAGACACUGUACUAACACGUAGGAAGACAUGGAAACUGCCUGAAAAAGUGAAGGCUGAUUCUUGCUCCAUGGGCUGUGGGAAGAGGCAAACUGGAGGCUGAUAGCAAGGGUUCUUCGCUGUGUGUGUGUCUGACAAAGUCACAGGAAAUAUUCUUGAAGUGGUUCCAGAUCUGUCUUUCGCAGACAGCUCUGUGGAAAGAGUACCCAUUUUCUUCUGCAACAAAUAUACCUGGACUGUUGGUCACAACCACAUGCCAACCAGCACUGCAUGUUUCCUGCACGAUACUAUAGAACAAUCAGGCACUGAAGUGAUUCCUAAUGUUUCCUGAAAAUCUUCACUGUACUGGAUAUUUCCGUCUGCCCCAGGGGGACUACUUCAUCGAGCCUGUCAAAAAGCAUCCACUGGAAGAGGGAAUACCAUACCCACACAUAAUCUACAGGGCAAAUAUCCUUCAAAAUGCUUUAAGGCAACGGCGUGAGACCACAACAGACAAGGAACAAGCUUGUGGAUUGAAUGAUACCUUCAGCUUUUUCGAGCAACAAGAGCAUCGGAGGGAGAGGUGGGAAGGAAAUCACAGGGCAGCCAAAACAAUUUCUCGGCGUUCUGUCAGCAAGGAACGAUGGGUGGAGACGUUGGUUGUUGCAGACAGUAAGAUGAUUGAAUAUCAUGGAAGUGACAAUGUGGAAUCCUACAUCCACACAAUAAUAAAUAUGGUCACAGGAUUGUUCCAUGAUCCAAGCAUUGGCAAUGCAAUCCACAUUGUGCUCGUCCGCCUUAUUCUCCUUGAAGAGGAAGAGCGAGGCUUGAAAAUAAUUCAUCAUGCAGACAAGACAUUAGCCAGCUUCUGCAAAUGGCAGAAAAGCAUCAAUCCCAAAAAUGAUGUCAACCCAAUACAUCAUGAUGUAGCUGUACUUCUAACUAGAAAGGAUAUCUGUGCUGGCAUGAAUCGUCCUUGUGAAACCUUAGGUUUGUCUCAUCUGUCUGGUAUGUGCCAACCUCACCGGAGCUGUAAUAUUAAUGAAGAUUCUGGGCUGCCUUUGGCAUUCACUGUUGCACAUGAGCUUGGACACAGUUUUGGUAUCCAGCAUGAUGGAAAAGAGAAUGACUGUGAACCCAUUGGAAGACAUCCAUACAUUAUGUCCCGGCAGCUACGGUAUGAUCCUUCUCCACUCACCUGGUCCCCGUGCAGCAGGGAAUACAUCACACGUUUCCUAGACCGAGGAUGGGGAUUCUGUCUAGAUGAUAUCCCAAAAAAGAAAGAUUUAAAGUCACCACUCAUUGCCCCAGGAGUUAUCUAUGAUGUACAUCACCAGUGCCAGCUGCAGUACGGCCCCACUGCUACUUUCUGUGAAGAGGUGGAUAAUAUUUGCCAGACACUCUGGUGCUCAGUGAAAGGUUCCUGCCGCUCAAAACUGGAUGCUGCCGCAGAUGGAACUAGAUGUGGAGAAAAGAAGUGGUGCUUCAAUGCAGAGUGCAUUACAGUGGGAGAGAAUCCAGAAAUGAUAAACGGUGGAUGGGGCACAUGGUCCUCCUGGUCCCAUUGCACACGGACAUGUGGGGCAGGAGUUCAAAGCGCAGAAAGACACUGCAAUAACCCAGAGCCACAGUUUGGAGGAAAGUAUUGCACCGGAGAAAGGAAACGCUACCGCAUGUGUAACAUUCUCCCGUGUCAACGAGACACACCAACCUUUCGUCAGAUGCAAUGCAAUGAAUUUGACACAGUUCCCUACAAGAAUGAAUUCUACCAGUGGAUUCCAGUUUAUAACACAGCUCAUCCAUGUGAGCUCCACUGCCGCCCUGUAGAUGGCCAAUUUUCAGAGAAAAUGCUGGAUGCAGUUAGUGAUGGUACUCCUUGCUAUGAAGGCAGAAACAGACGAGAUAUCUGUAUUAAUGGCAUGUGUAAGACUGUUGGCUGUGAUUAUGAGAUAAAUUCCAAUGCAACUGAAGAUCGAUGCGGAGUUUGCCUUGGAGAUGGAUCUGCUUGUCAGACGGUGAAGAUGAUGUUCAAUCAAAGUGAAGGAUUAGGCUAUGUUGACAUUGGACUGAUUCCAAAAGGAGCAAGGGGCAUAAGAGUAGUAGAAGUGGCAGAAGCAGGAAAUUUCCUUGCAGUGCGGAGUGAAGACCCAAAAAAGUAUUACCUAAAUGGGGGAUUUAUUAUUCAGUGGAAUGGAGAAUACAAAGUGGCAGGAACAACAUUUCAAUAUGAGAGAAAUGGAGAUCUCGAAAAUCUGACAGCGUCUGGACCCACCAAUGAGUCAGUGUGGAUACAGCUACUCUUUCAGGAAAGUAACCCCGGAAUAAAGUAUGAAUACACAAUACGUAAAGAAGGAAACCUUGAGAAUGAAGUAGUGGACCCAGAAUAUUUUUGGCAAUAUGGAGGCUGGACGGAUUGCAGUGUAACAUGUGGAAGAGGUGUUCAGCGACAGACAGCCCAAUGUGUGAAAAGGGGCGGAAGUGUGAUCAGAAACUCCUUCUGUGACCCAGAAAUGCAGCCAAAUGGACGACAAAAGAAAUGCAAUGAAAAGGAUUGUCCACCCAGGUGGUGGGCAGGAGAAUGGCAGAAGUGUUCAACCACCUGUGGCCCAACAGGAGAGAAGAAACGAACUGUCCUUUGCAUCCAAACAGUGGGAUCUGAUGAGCAGGCAUUGGCUGCUAAAGACUGCCAGCAUCUGCUUAAACCAAAGACCCACCUUUCAUGCAACAGAGAUGUUCUAUGCCCAUCUGACUGGACAGUGAGCAACUGGACUGAGUGCACAGUUACGUGUGGUGGUGGGGUACGGACUCGUAAAAUCAGUUGUGCUAAGAACAAUGAUGAACCAUGUGAUAUGUUCAGGAGACCAAAUUCGAAGGCUGUGUGUGGCCUCCAGCAGUGUCCUUCCACCAGACGACUAUUGAUACCCCCACUGAAACCCACGAGAGGAAAGAUCAUAAUCAGGAAGACAGCAAGUAAUCCCAAAAGAGGCCCAUCAGGCAGAAUACCCAUCCCUAAACUAGGCCAAGGAUACCAGACAACGACAAAAAUACCCGAGUCCCAAAGCACAACUGCUUUGGGCUCUACUUCCUCCAGUCCUGUCCACUCUUCCAAAAAGGACAACAUGGAAAAAAGAACAUUACAAAAUAAUUCUACCAGAUCAAAUAAUGAUUAUAAUUAUCCCUUUGUGUUUAAUGGAAACAGGUCACACCAAGAUAGUACUGUAAGUAAUAGUUCAAGUAUUGAAAAUAGAGACAUUUUGGACAUUUCUUAUAACAUAGAUCCGGACUCUGCUUCAGAAAGGGGCCUUGUUCAGACAGAAGGGGCUAGUCGCAUCACCUCAUUAACCAGAAGUCCAGAAGUAACUCCAGGCUAUGAUUAUUUAACUGAAGAGUCUGACAAUACUGAUUGGUCCAUAGAAGGCAAUGAAAAACCUAUUGAAAUCUCUCACAAAGCCAAAAGCAGCCCUGCAAUCAAAACCAAGAGCAAAACUCCAAACGUCAGGUCUCAUGUCAUUACGACUCCCAAAAUCUCACCGACAUUUUAUCAACAUGAAUCUUCUACACAGUCUACUAGUAGCACAGCAGCAGAAAGAUUGUCAUCUUCAGCAGCAGUGAACCUAAAAAGUAUCAGUGUGCAAAUAGAUAAACCUGUCCUAGAAAAGGCCACCACAGAAGGACCUGUUACAAUAAAGCCAGCAGUGUUAGAUAAUGUAUCAAGAGCCCAGUUUGAAAAUGGAACAGAAAUGGAACCCUCUGACAAGAUAGAUUAUACCCAAAGCACAAAAUCUCCAAGUCUUGAAGAGUCUCCAAAGAACCACAGUACAGUUUCUGAGGGAAAAUUACCUAAUGCCACAGAACGGGGCUAUGCAAGAAUCUCCAAUAUUUUGCAUGGUGAUGUGUACUGGAUAGUGGGGAACUGGAGUGAGUGUUCUUCUACCUGUGGUGUGGGGGCUUUUUGGAGACAUGUGGAAUGUAACAGUAAGAAUGAAUCUGACUGUCAGCACAUUAAAAAACCUGACCGUGCAAAAAGAUGUCAUCUCCGUCCAUGUGCUAACUGGAAAACAGGAUCCUGGAGCAAGUGCUCUACAAACUGUGGUGGUGGUUUCAAGACCCGUGAUGUUCACUGUACUGAUGUUCGUGAUAAGCGAGUUCUACGGCCUUUUCACUGCCAAUUAUUAGAACAUAAACCACGACCGAGCAUUAGCUGUAAUACAGAGCCCUGCUUGGAAUGGCGUGUGGAGCCUUGGAAUGAGUGUUCGAAAACAUGUGGUGGUGGUCUGCAAGAAAGACACGUCUACUGUCCAGAAGAGGACUAUUGUGACUGGACGAAAAAGCCUAACUCCACGGCACGCUGCAAUGGGCAGCCUUGUACUCGGUGGAUAAAUGGGACGUGGAGUUCGUGCACUGAUUCCUGUGGCGGGGGCAUUCAGCAAAGAACAGUAAAGUGCGUCAAUACAGAAGAUAAUGAAGCUGAAGAUCAAACUAUGUGUGAGCACGAGCUCAAGCCUCCAGAAUCUCAGAAAUGCAAUAUGCAAGAGUGCAGGAAAAGUGCAGGCCUGCUGUGCCACAAGGACAAGCUGUCCAUUAAUUUCUGCCAGAGGCUGAAGCGGAUUGGCAAAUGUUUGGUGCCAUCAAUACAGACUCAGUGCUGCUUCACAUGUAACAGGCCCCGAAUUCCUAACAAAACAAGAUCUGGAAAUCAACAGCGCUUCAAAGAACAAAAUUACACCAAACCCAGAAGAAAAUUGCCUCCAAUCAAAAAAAGCAACAGCCAACCUCCUGCUGGGCACUAGGUGUUUUCCAACCUGAUUAAUUUAAUCAGGGGUUCCAUUUACAGGGUUUUUUCUCUUUUAUAUUGAGCCAUUCUAUAUAGAUGGAAACCUAAAUAACUGAUUAAUAUUGGGAAAAUACAUCCUUUAGGGCAACCAGUCCCAAUAUGCUUCUCCAGCCUUCUCUUAAGACAGCCACAAAUUUGUCAUUGUGAUUUGCAAUGUACACCUGUUCCUGGUACUUCUUAUGCAUGGAAUACAGGUUAAGGACAUGCAUACAGGAUUCAUUUGGUCUUUAAAUGAAUUUUGUGCUGGUUGUUUUCUCCAUUUACAGUGGAAGAACAAACUGGGGUUCCCCCAAAACAGUAUUAAAAUAGCAACAGACUCUUGUACAUAACUCCAUUUAGUCUCAGAUUCCAAAGGGCGAAGUUAUUCUAUCCUGUCUAUUGUAAUUACUGGGGCUUCUCUGCACACGACCUCCUGGGAUGCCAGUACCAUGCCGGGUAUAUUGCAACCUGGAGGCAAGCACUGUAGGCGUUUCAGCAGCUAGGCCUUAUUGGUGCUAGCCGUAGUGGGCCAAGGAAAAGGGCUGGCAGGAAAGGGAAAGGUUGCAAAUACCCUAGGUACAGAAGCAUAACAAGUUAUAGUUCAAAGUGAGCAAUUGUGGUUCUUGUUUGGGUCCCUGGGGCAGCCCAGUGGACAGUCAGGGCUCUUCAGGUCUAGUGCCUGAGGUGCUGUCUCCAGUCCAAUCUCUAUUCUAGUAAUAGGCACAUAGAGAUUUCCAGGCCAGGAUGAGUUAGUGUUCCACAUUGAGGCCCUUUUGCUCUGGCUCCCUGCCCAGCCGCUGUUGUUCCCCUAUAAGUCCCAUACAGACCUGCAUUCAGCUGUAUCAUCUGGCAUUCACAGCCUGUUCUGCAUAUGGUUCCUGGGGAUUUUGCUCUGAAAUCAGCUUCUCUGCAGCAGCUUGCUUGCCAUGCAGCCACCAUUUCCAAACAGAGUCUGACCACUUCCUGGUUCAGGAACUUUUCUCUUACCUGGCCAGGAGGGAAUGGGGAGAGAGCUAAUGGGAGUUGUAGUCUCCUCCUUAGCAGAUCCAUCACACUAUAACACAGAGCUCUACUGCAUGUUUUGAGCCAGCUUCUUCUGUAUAUUAGUCACUUGGCACUGCCAGAGUGACUGUAAAGCUGACGCCCCAGAGGGACAGCUGAAGAUCCCCACCAUGGGCCCUUAGGUUUUCUACAAACUUGGGUUUUAAAAAAAAAAAUCUGUUUGACUGUCUCUUAAAACUGCUAGUUAUUGCUGUCCCUUUAAAAGGCUAUUAACCUAAAAUAACUAGUGGAGUUUGUCAUAGCUAGCUAUGAACUUGCAUUCGACAACUCAGUUUAGUCAGCAUGUUUUAUUAAACACCUGACUGACUCUCUAAAGGAGACCUCCUAAGUACACAGUUCUGAGCAUGGUUCUGUUGGUGCAAAUAUCUUGGAAUGGCCUAAAGAAGAAAUGUUUAGGAUUAAAUUAUACCAUAUAUUUUACGCUGUCAUGAUGCAGUAUUCAACCUUUUUUAAAACCAAGCUUUCAGCACCCACUGGACCCAGUUAAACAGUUUAUUUUACAGUGAUAGUCAAAAGCAAACAAUCAAAUAUCUGCUAAGGAAGCCUAGUCAAUAGUGGAGCAUUUCCCAUGGAUGGUAUCAGAUAGUAGGCUUGAUCCUAUUGCCACUGAAGCUACUGUCAAUGGCGUAACUACCCUCAAUGGGAGCUGGAUUGGCCUUUAAAACAGGCACGGAUUUGAGCGGAGCAUUUUAAAGGGGCAGAAGGGAGCUUGGUGCUCAAGUUCCACUGAAAUUCAGUGGAAGUUGGUUGCAGAGGCCACUCAAGACAAACUGCCACGUUAGGCAAAACUUCAGUGUUCUGCCCUCUCCUCAUUGGCCUAGAGUGGCAGAUUUGGCUCAGCUGCCCCGCCAUCAUGACAGGGGGCGGCUGGGCCAAAUUUGAGUAGCAUUGCAACCUGGCACGUGAGGGCGCAACACCACUCAAAUUUGGCCCAAAUUUGGCCCAGCUGCCCAUGAUGGAGGGGCGCUGGGGCAAGUAUGGGCCUUAGGCAGUGCCUAGUUCACCUAUAACUAGAGCGGCCUUUGGUUGGGUGCUUCACUCAACCUGCCACUUUGUGCCAGCUUUGUCCUUGAUACCUCCCUAUACUUUCCUAGCCCUUCUUUAGAAUACUACAUUCCAAGUGUGGGUGGGCCAUGGAAGCCUGCCCUGCCUGGACAUUAGUGCAGGGGUUCUCAAACUUCAUUGCACCGCAACCUCCUUCUGACCACAAACAUUACUAGACGACCCGCUGCCCCAAGUGGGGUGGGAGGGCCAAAGGGCUUCAGCCCCAGUUGGGGGACGGGGACUUGUAACCUGAGCCCCGCCAUACGGUGGGACUCCUGCUUCAGCCCCGGGCGAUGGGGCUCUGGCCCCGGGCCGCAGCAAUCUAACACCAGCCCUGGCGACCCCAUUAAAAUGAGGUUGCACCACUUUGGGGGCCCGACCCAUAGUUUGAGAACCGCUGACUGAGUACAAAGUAUUCAUGCCCCUUUGCUUUGACAAGUUUUCUAUUUCCUAAUCCCAAAGCUGACUUCAGCUUUGCAAAGUGGUGGGGGAAUAGAAUUGUGGGAAGAGAACUGUGUUAACUAACUUCCCAACACUCAUAUAUAUCAUGUAUAUUAUAUUAAUACCAUGCACAUAAUACCUAUUAAUGUGGAAUAUACUAUGCCUAACAUAUGUAUUGGCUAACAUUUGAAAAUCCAAGCCAUACCCUGUAGCUUCGUAAUUGUUCUAAGGAUGUACUACAUACAGUCUUCUUGGUUUUAUACCGUAUGAAAAGGAGUACACAGUCAUAAAUGUGUUGCAGUGACUGAAGGAGUGACUGUAAAACGUACUAGAAAUACGUUUAGACCCGACUAUACCGUACUAAGGCCACGAUCCAACAACUGCAGCCAUGCAGGUGAGCAUAGCGGCCCAUCCCUCAAGAAUACACCCACACCCACAUACCCAGGCAUGGCAGUAUUUGCAAGAUCUGUGCCUCAAUCCUUCACUUGAAGUUCAUAGGAGUUCUGCAGGUGAAGCAUCGCAAGAUUGGGCCUCUUAAUGUGUGUGGGACAACAAUUAAUGACAAUUACAGCUACUUUUUAGGUGUUUUUAAAUCGGCUGUUAAAGAUAUGCUGCUAAUAUAAUAUGGUGCUAAUAUUUGGAUGGUGACUAAAAUGAUGUAUCAUAUGUGUAUGUGCGCAUGCGUGCAUACAUAAUCUAUAUGCACAUACACUCUCUAAAAUUAUGCAGACCGAUGGUGUUGCUGGUCAGUACCAGUUCUAUUGCCUUCUAAACAUUAUGAGAUGCUUAAGAAUAUUUGCUUUUUAUUUUUUGAACUCCUGAAUGUUUAAUAGUCUGGAUAAGGAAUAAAAACCAGACCAUUUUUAUACAGUUUGGAGAUAAAGUUAUUAAAUAUAUAACAUGACUGCAAAGGAUUUGGUCAUAGAGCUCCAUUGCCACUCUCAAGCAGAGCUUGUAUUGAGGGCCAGACACGGACCCACCGAACUCAAUGGAGCUUGCAAGUGCUCUUGAGGUGCACAGCACCUCUCAGAACUGGGGCUUGAAAAUUAAGGGCUUUACUCGACCAUCACAGUCUCCUUGGGUACAUCCAUACUGGAGUGGCAGUAUAAUUUCCAGCACAGGUAGGUGUGCACAUGCCGGCUUUGAUCAAGCCAGCACACUAACCAUAGACGUGUAGCAGCAGCGGGGAGAGGCUCUGGCCGGCCUGAGUACAGUCCUACCAUGGUAUUUACUCAAACAGCUAAACUGUCCUGCCUCCCCUCCCACCAUGGCUACACUUCUAUUUUUAGCCUGCUCGCUAGAGCAAGGCUCGUGCGUGUACAUCUACGCGAGCUGGAAAUUACCUCCACUGUCGACGUAUCUCUAGACUCAGGGAGACAUGAGUCUUCAUGCCCACACGGCACAGUGUAAAUGAGCUAGGACUAACAGGCACCCGACAGUGACCUGGGAGACUGGCCAAGUGGGAAUGGUAUAAGUAGAAGGGAACUCACCCCGCUGAGGUUAUCUUUCUGUGCUCAUUACAGCCAGCAUGGAGUAAUUUCUCACUUCAUUAUUUGCUUCCAGGCAUUGUGACUUAUUUAAAAUUGGGGAAGGUGAAGAAGUGAUGGUCUAUUACUCAAAUGAUUUGACUCCCUUGGGACCAAAGGGGAGUCCUGCCACACUUGGUGCUAAACUUACACCUUUAGAGGAAAGAUUGUGAGAGCAACACGAACUUUUAUAAUACAGUUAUGCUAGUACUCUAUUCUAUCUAGGUGCUGAUACCAUGCUCCUCACCUUGCUAUCUGCCAUAUGCCGACUGCCUUUGUAAUAGAGUCCCUUGAUCAGUUUAACAAGUUUAAAUCAAUCUUUUAAGGAAAGAUGGUUUUGUGGCUAUAAUUCCGAUGGUUGCUAGUCUCACAAGUGACCUAAAUAACCAUUCACGCUAGACUCAUGUUUCGCAAGCCCACCAUAUUAUUCCGAGACACUUCAGUACCUUUCAUCUUGCUCUGCAUGAGCACUUUUACGCAGCACCUGCACACGCUGUUCUAGCACAUAAAUUGUUUAAGAAACAACCUAUGACAAUUUAUUGUUGUAGCUUCAUAAUAAAUGGCAUUACUUAUGUGUGACAUGUCUGAUAUUUGUUAUGGUUCCAAUAAAAGAGUAAUCACAAACAGGAACAAUUAGAAAAAAUGUUUUAAAAAAAUACCAGCCUGGGGUUCUCCUCUAAUAGAGAAUUUGCUAUAGCAGCAUCCUCUUACCUGAUAUAUUCAGAGUCCCCUAUGGCAAUAUAACAGAGUAGCUCAUUAAAAAGAAAAAGUAGGGAAAAGCUCUGAAAAAAAACUUUAAUUGAGAUAAAACACUGUACUGAAUACAAAAUUAAAAGUGAUAUUCACUGUUUCUCAUCUUUAUUUUCUCCUUCCGUCUUGAUUUAGCAAUUUUCAUAUUAAUGGACUAUCUCUUGGAAUUUCACUACAAGUUAAAUGCUACUCAACUCCUUGGCAUUGGCUGAAUGCAUCCUUGUUAAGUGUAUUAAUUUUAGAUUUAUUCAAAGUACAA